CUCCCUCGCUCCUUCAAUCUCCAGUCUGCUUCUGUUGUCUCGGCGGCUGGUAGGGUCUGGGAGAGAGGAUCUCGCGAGUCUUGGAGUUUUGGUGAGAGUUUGUGGAAGAUGGCGCCUGUUGUGACAGGGAAGUUUGGGGAGCGCCCUCAACCACAGCGCCUGACAAGAGAAGCCAUGCGAAAUUACCUGAAGGAACGAGGAGACCAAACUGUGCUCAUCCUCCACGCUAAAGUUGCACAGAAAUCAUACGGCAAUGAAAAAAGGUUUUUCUGUCCUCCCCCAUGCGUGUAUCUGAUGGGCUGUGGAUGGAAGAAGAAGAGAGAGCAGAUGGAGCGAGACGGCUGCUCGGAGCAGGAGUCUCAGCCCUGCGCCUUCAUUGGCAUCGGCAACAGCGAUCAGGAGAUGCAGCAGCUAAACUUAGAGGGCAAGAACUAUUGCACAGCCAAAACAUUAUACAUCUCCGACUCCGACAAAAGGAAGCACUUCAUGCUGUCAGUAAAGAUGUUCUACGGCAACAGCGCAGACAUCGGCGUCUUCCUCAGCAAGAGAAUAAAGGUCAUCUCCAAACCUUCGAAAAAAAAGCAGUCCCUCAAAAAUGCAGACCUCUGUAUAGCAUCAGGAACGAAAGUGGCGUUAUUUAACCGGCUUCGCUCUCAAACGGUCAGCACACGUUACCUGCACGUAGAGGGAGGAAACUUUCACGCCAGCUCACAGCAGUGGGGAGCCUUCUUCAUCCACCUCUUGGAUGAUGAAGAGUCGGAGGGAGAGGAGUUCACUGUGCGAGACGGGUACAUUCACUACGGCCAAACUGUCAAACUCGUGUGCUCUGUGACUGGCAUGGCUCUUCCUAGAUUGAUCAUCCGUAAAGUGGACAAGCAGACCGCCUUGCUGGAUGCAGAUGACCCCGUCUCCCAGCUGCAUAAGUGUGCCUUUUUCCUGAAGGAUACGGAGAGGAUGUACCUGUGCCUUUCUCAAGAGAGGAUCAUCCAAUUUCAAGCUACUCCAUGCCCAAAGGAACCAAAUAAAGAGAUGAUAAAUGAUGGUGCCUCCUGGACAAUCAUCAGCACUGAUAAAGCAGAAUACACGUUCUAUGAGGGCAUGGGCCCUGUACACACCCCCGUCACACCUGUGCCUGUGGUCGAGAGCUUACAGUUAAAUGGGGGAGGAGAUGUAGCGAUGCUGGAGCUGACAGGACAGAACUUCACUCCAAGUCUGCGCGUGUGGUUCGGUGACGUAGAGGCUGAAACCAUGUACAGGUGCGGGGAGAGCAUGCUGUGCGUCGUCCCAGACAUCUCUGCGUUCCGCGAGGGCUGGCGGUGGGUUCGGCAGCCGGUGCAGGUCCCCGUGACGCUGGUCCGAAACGACGGCAUCAUCUACUCCACGACGCUCACGUUCACAUACACUCCCGAACCCGGUCCCCGUCCUCACUGCAGCGUGGCCGGCGCCAUCCUACGAACGGGCAACACCAGCUUGCUUUCCACGACCGGCAACAUCGCGGGAGUGACCGGAGAAACGACACCCUACGGCUCCAACAGCACGUCUAACGCCGUCACAGCGUCGUCCUCUAACGCAGCCGCGGCUGUGGUGUUAUAACACACGCAGCAGUGCUCACAAACUCACUACGAGCUAUGCGUGAAAACAGAAGACUAUAAACUGUUUGUAAAAGUGCUGCGUAUUGAAUUUCAAAAAAAAAG